UCCGGGAAUUCAGACAGGGGUGCCCUUGGGCUGUCCCUUCGCCUUCAGCCUGGCAGGGUAGUCCCAGGGGUCCACACGGACCCUCUCCAAGUUCAGCACUGGCUCCUCGAGGCUGGGGUCCCCGCUCUUGCGCCGCUGGGCCAGAAUCAUGGCCCGCAGGAGCGGCGGGUAGGGCACAGACCGUGGGGCGUCCGCGGGCCCCGGCACGUUCGCCGCGAAGGCCGCCUCUUCGUGCUUGGGCACCAGCCGCCAGUCGUGGUACAUGACCUGGGGAAUCUCGCGCUCCUCGCCUUCCGUCUUCCCUGCGGAGGCAAAGGCGGGGCUCAGCGCCCGCUCCUCGGCUCCCCGCGCCCCUGUCCGCGUCCCCCGCCGCGCGGCCGGCCUUACCCUUGAAGGUCAGGACGCCCCAGGCCUUGCCGUGGUCCAAGUUCUGCAAAGCAAGCGGCUCGGGUCAGCUGGGCCGCGCCUGCGCCCCGAGCCCCGCGGCGCCGGCGGGGGCACGCACCUGCGCCGUGUAGUCGGGCCGCACGCGCGUGAGCCUCCAGUAGCACGGCUCGUCGUGCUGCCACAGCCAGGACUUGCGCGUGACCAAGCGGCCCAGGCCGAAGCGCGGCAGGCAGCCGAGCAGCUGCAGCAGGCGGCUCUCGCGGCGCGCGUCGGCCCAGGCGCGCACGGGCAGGCGGCGGCCCGAGUGCGGCCGCGUCAGGGUCUCGUAGUCCAGGGCGUAGCGCUGCGAGUCCCGCGGCUGCUCUCGCUGCUCCCGCAGGGCGCGCACGCGGCGGGCCAGCUCCGCGAUCAGCCGCGGCCGAACCUUCUUGCGCGCCAUGGUCCCGCCGCGCGGCCCCGGGCACCCGGCCGGAAGCUGCCGCGGCUGCGCGGAGCGAGGGCGCGCCGGAAGCGAGCGGGCGCGCGCGCCGGAAGCGGAGGAGAGGCCGGGCCGCCCAUGGCGAGAGCGGGGUGCGGGCGCGCGCGGGGCGCGCGCCGCAGGCCGCCGACCUGGGAGAUCUCGGACUCGGACGCCGAGGGCCCCUCCGGGGCGGCGGCCGGCGCGGGGACCCAGGGGCCGGCGGCCGAGGCGCUGCGGCCGGAGCGGGCCCUGAAGCGCCUCGCGGUGGGCGUAGACCCAGCCAUCCUGGAGGACGCUGGCGCGGACGUCCUGCUGCAGGCGCUCGGCGCCCUGGGCUGUCAGUGCCGCAUCGAGCCCCAGCGCCGUCCGCGGAGCCUGUGUUGGAGCUGGGGGACCCCCGACCCCUGCCCCCGCAGCGUGAGUGCCCGCGGCGGACUGCGUGUCCCGAGGAGUGGUGGUGCUGGGGGGAGCUCGCGCCCCGCCGCUGCCCGAAGACCCGGGCUGCCCCUCCCGGCGGCGGACCCUGGGCCGGGCGAGAGCGGCGGCGCGUCCCGCUGUCCCCGCAGGCCCCUCCUGAGGAGCGAGAGGAGCCGGAGCUGCUGUCGCUGCUGCUGCUGGAGCCCGAGGAGUUUCUGCAGGGCGCGGCCCGGCUGGCUCAGGUCCAGCCAGCCCAGUGCACGGGGGACACAGUCACCCAGGAGUCCAGAGGCCCGCGGUGGAGUGCCCGUCGGCAGGCCUGAGGUGCAGGAGGCCCUGGUCCUCCUCCAGCUCUGGGCGGACAUGGACGUGCUGCUGGUGGCCUCGUGGCAGGAGCUGAGUCAGCACGUGUGCGCCCUCACCAGAGCCCUGGCCCAGCGCCCGUUCAAGCAGCACCGGGAGUCCCAGGCCUUUUCCUUCUGCACGGCAGGGCGCUGGGCCGCAGGUGUGCGGGUAACCAGGGAUGGCCGUGGGCUUCGGGAGGCCUGGCAGCGGCAGAUCAUGCAGUUUAACCGGGUCAGCCCCGCCGUGGCCGGCUCCAUCGUCACCGCCUUCCCCUCUCCACGACUCCUGCAGCAGGCACUGGCCGCCUGCAGCACGGAGCGGGAGCGCCUGGGCCUCCUGGCGGACCUCCCCGUGAGGGCCAGCAGGCACGCUCGGCCUCGCAAGGUGGGGCCUGACCUCUCCCGCCGGCUCUGCCUCUUCCUGAGCACCGCCAACCCUGACCUCCUGCUGGACCUGGGCUCCUGACCACCCCACAGCCCAGGAGCCUCCCUGCCUCCCGCACGCAGGCAGAGAAGGCGCUGUGGGGCCCCUGUGCCCCAGCCGGGACGUGCGGGAGCUGGAGGGACGGGGGUGGACACCGAGCUGGAGGGACGGGGGAGGACACCGCCCCGGCCUGGAGCUGGUGCAGGCAGUGUGAGACACAACCUGUUUAUUGCAGGAACAGCCGAGCACGCAGGGAGAGCAGAGGGGCCGUGGGCUUCGGCAGCUGCCCAGGUCCACGCCUGCGUGGGCGUGGCUGAGGGCGGGGCUGGCCCCUACAGGAGGGACUGUCCUGGCCUCAGGUGAGCGGGGCCAGGCCCUCUGCUGACCCGGUGCGGGGCGAGAAAUGGGACCCGGCGCUCCCCCGGCGCAGGCGCAGGGCGAGUCAGGUCCGCCGGCAGCGCUUCCUCUGGCAGCCGGCGGGCGCGGCCGAGGGCGCCGGGGGCGUGCGGUGGCUGCAGUUCAUGCGGAGCACCCAGCCCAGCUUGUUGUGCAGCACCUGCUUGAGGCCGGGCGGCAGCGGCAGGCCCUCCAGGGUGUCGCCCGAGUGCGGCCGCAGCUGGCGCAGGCGGAAGCAGCACAGGUACUGCAGGGAGGUGGCGCUGGCGCAGGAGCGGAUCACCUUCAUGCUGCUCCGCGCCGCCGUGGAGCACACCAUCGGGAAGAACUUCCUGUUCCGCAGCUUGGUGGCGGCCACCCCUGCGGGGGACGCGGUGCUGAGUCCGGGCCCGCUUCGGGCAGGGAGGAAGCGCGGGCCCGUGCGCCUUACCUAUGCACUUCCUGUUCUUGAAGAAGGUGAGCGUGCCGUGCCAGGCGUCCAGGUGCACGCCGAUGAUGGAGCCCUGGCCGAACCGGGAGGAGAAGCUGGUCUUGUCGCCCUUGUGGUGCAGGAGCCCUGUGGGCAGGCGGGCGGCCGAGCCGUGAGCCGAGGGCCUCUGCCGCCCCGCCCCGCCGCGCCGCGGGCAGCUCACCUGUGUAGGACAGGCCCCAGCUGUCCUCGUCCCGCCCCAGCAGACUGCAGAACGUGUGGUGGUACUUGUCCAGGUCCACGUCCGACGUCCCAAUGCCCACCAUCUAGGCGAGGCGGGGCUGGGCAGAAGGCGCCAGGGCCGGGCCCCCCGCCCGCGCCCCAGCGCCAGCAGCGCCUUACCAUGUCGGUGCCGUACACGGGCGACGUCAUCUUGAUCUCCCAGAAGUGCUGGCCCUCGCCCAGCUCCUUGGUGCCCCGGAUGGCCGCGGUGCCGCAGCUGUACUCCGUGUGGAAGCUGACUUUGCGGUUGUCACAGCUCAGCAGGGUGGCCGAGGACUUGUUCAGGUCGUCCCAGACCCAGUCGAAGUCUGCGAGGGCAGAGAGGCCGAGCUGGGGCGGCCCCCGGGCCUGACCCGCCCCCCGGGCCGUCCGCCCCGGCUCUCACGCUCCGCGUCCUCCCCGCAGCGGCAGUCCUCGCUGCGGUGUGCGCCGUGCGGGCUGCUGCGGGGGGCGGCCUCGCUCUGGCCGUCGCAGUCACAGAAGGACUCCCCGGUCACGGGCACGGCACUGGGGAUGGCGGGCGGCAGGGCCGCGCACUCCGGGUCAGAGUCGGAAUCGCUGUGCUGGGAGGAAGAGGAAGCCGUUCCCCUGGGCCCCGCCGGCUGCCGCCCACCGAGGAUGGGCCACCGCCACCUGUCGACCCCCCUUGCUGGACCCGGCUGGAGGACCCCGAGCCCACGUGAGGCCGUGUGAGCCGUGCAUGGUACGGGAGAGCAGGGCUGGCCCAGCCGGCAGUCCGCUCGGUCAGGGGGUGCACCCCGAGCCCGCCCUGGGGUGCAGGCCCAUCACAGAGCGCGCCUGUGGAGGAAUGCUGAGACCGAGCGGCCACCUCCAGGGUCCUGGCAGUGACCCACGCCCUCCUGGGGGUCGGCCGAGCCCCCUCCCCUGCACGGCAGCCAGGCAGACCCUGGCCCACCCCUGGCUCCUACUGCUUUCGGAAUAAACAUCAGGCGCCACCGAAGCCGACGCCA